UCCUUUAUUUUCAUUUAUGUGAAAACCGUCUGUACUUUUAGUGCGGCACACUCAGUAUACCGGAAGUGACGUCAGCGGAAAUGACAUGCAUUCAAUUUAGAACUUGGUUUGGUAGCUGCUAGCGGAUUUCUAGUCUCCUGUGACUGUUACUCUACUCUUCCGUCUUUUUAAUACGAUAUUUUCUCCACCGACUCGCCGGAAGAAACGCCCCCCGACGCGGCGGCUGCAUAGACGGCAAGGAAAGGAAACAUGUCCACGGCCCUGGAGAGCUACAUCAACCGCACGGUGGCCAUUGUGACGUCAGACGGCAGAAUGAUCGUGGGCACCCUGAAGGGCUUCGACCAGACCAUCAACUUGAUCCUGGACGAGAGUCACGAACGCGUCUUCAGUUCCAGCCAGGGUGUGGAGCAGGUGGUGCUGGGACUCUACAUCGUCAGGGGCGACAAUGUGGCGGUGAUUGGCGAGAUCGACGAGGAGACAGACUCCACGUUGGAUUUAGGAAACAUCAGAGCAGAGCCGCUCAACUCCGUCGUCCACUGACCUUUGAACCCCCCAAUAUAGUUUUUUUUUU